AGUUUGGAUGAAGGAGAAGUUUCACUUUUUUUGGUGGGAUUUCGACUCGCGCUCACGUUUCCUAGAAAGCCGAGGUAAGCCAAAACUUUGUCCCGUGCACCGCUCGAGCUUUAAAAAAAAAAAAAAAAAAAAAAAAAGAAGCAGGAACACGGCCGCGGCUCUCGGCGGGGUGUGUUCGCCGACCGGGCUGUGGCUGAUGCAGCCGGCGUCGGCGCUGUCCGUCCCCGGGCUCGGUGGGGCCUCCGCCGGGCAGCGGUAUGGGUGUCUGACUGCCUCUCGGACGGAGCUCUCUCCGAUCGAGGGCGUGGACUUCACCACCUCCACCUUCCACCUUGACUGUUGAGACGAGGACACUAACUAAAGCUCCAGGCUGUCGCUAGCCGCGGAGCUUCCCGGGGCUCGGAAGCCGCGGAGCUCCGUGGGAGCGUCAGGAAGUUUGAGCCGCACGGGCCGCGCUGCCGCCGGCGGCUCUGCGGGGGUUUCAGCCCAGCCGGCCGCCGCACAGCAAUGCGGAAGAGCCGCAUGUCACCGACAGGAGAGACGCGACAGCCCCUGUCCGCGCUGAAAUGUGUCGCUGGGCUUUCCAGCAGCCUUCCUAAAGUGUCCAGUUUCAGGCAGCGCUGUCCGCAGAGGACGUGAGCGUGUUUACGACGCGCCACGUUGUUCAGAAUUGCAGCACGCAGAAAGAUCCUCGGAAGACUUCCAGGAAGACUCCAAAAGAAGAAUCGGCGCCUGAUACUGUAAUCCAAAAGCGCACGUGAAGCCAAACUUUCGAGCCAUGUGGAACCCCGCCAACGGCAACGACCCGUCCGCACAAGUGACGGCCAGGAUGGAGACCACUCCCUCCAUGGGGAGCGCCAGCAUCUCCAUCUCCCAGCAGCAGGCACCCAAGAAAUUUGCCCCCGUGGUUGCCCCCAAGCCCAAGUUCAACCCGUAUAAGCAGAUGGCCGACGCUUCUCAUUCCGAACCCGCAGCGGACUACCCUCCCCCUCCGCCACCUGCGGAAGACUCUGCUGCGUUCCCGUCGUCCCCCACCUCCUUCCCUCCUCCGCCGCCCGUGAACUCGUACGAUUAUCAGAUGAAGGGACCGGAGAAGACCCUGGAGGAGAGGCGCUCCAGCCUGGACGCUGAGAUCGACUCCCUGACCAGCAUCCUGGCGGACCUGGAGAGCAGCUCGCCCUACAAGCCUCGGACCACACAGAAUUCUGGAUCCUCGGCUGGUUCGACCCCCAACGCUCCAGUGACCGGGUACAAACGUAUGGUCAUUCCUACUCAGCCGCCUCUGACCGCCACCAAGAGGUCUACCCCCAAACCGCAGGCGCCUGGGGGGAUGUCGUCCAUCCCGCCUUCCUCCGUCAGCCCGGUGGCCAAGCCCCAGAGCCACACCCCUCAGCCCGUUCCAGCCUCCUAUGCCACGGCCUCCACUCCCAGCCAGCCGACCUUUAACGUCCAGGUAAGGUCGGCCCAGCCCGGGCCCCAGCAUCAGGCCCCGGGCGGACACCACUUUGGACAGCAGCCCAUCCGAAGCCCGGCGCAGGUGCAGUACAUGCCGGCCCAGCCCAAAGGUCCUGACUUCGCCUACGGACCGCCUCAACCUGGCUUCUCGCCCAUGGCGCAGCCCGCAUAUCAAGACCACCACCUUCCUGGAGCGCCUCAAGUGGGUGGAAUAAGCUCCAGGAGGCCCGAACCUGCCCCGGUACAGGCCUACCAGCCUCCAGGCCCCAAGAAGACCUACAUCACAGAUGUGCCACCGAGCCUGGCGUCGUACACCUCCGGGCCAGUCGCUUCACCAAAGGGCGGCGCUGGCGUGGCCCGUCCUGAAGACGAGCUGGAGCUCCUGACCAAGAAGAUCAUGCAUGACAUGGACAACCCUCCGUCCGAGGAGUACUUCGGGCGCUGUGCCAGCUGUGGAGAGAACGUGGUGGGCGAGGGCACCGGCUGCACCGCCAUGGACCAGGUCUUCCACGUCGACUGCUUCGUGUGCAAGACCUGCAGCAGCAAGCUGCGCGGCAAACCCUUCUACGCCGUGGAGAAGAAGGCCUACUGCGAGCCCUGCUACAUCAACACCCUGGAGACCUGCACCAUCUGUAACAAGUCUAUCAUGGAGCGCAUCCUGCGGGCCACUGGGAAAGCCUACCACCCUCACUGCUUCACCUGUGUGGUGUGUCACCGCAGCCUGGACGGCAUCCCCUUCACCGUGGACGCCUCCAACCACAUCCACUGCAUCGAGGACUUCCACAAGAAGUUUGCUCCGCGCUGCUGUGUGUGCUCUGAGCCCAUCAUGCCGGCGCCGGGCCAAGAGGAGACCGUUCGCAUCGUGGCUCUGGACCGUGACUUCCACGUGCAGUGUUACCGCUGCGAGGACUGCGGCUCGCUGCUCUCGGAGGGGGAUAACCAGGGCUGCUAUCCACUCGACGGACACGUCCUCUGCAAAAACUGUAACACCAGCCGCAUCCAGGCUCUCACCGCCAAGGCCACCACUGACCUCUGAGCGGCUCGCUCACCUCCACUGUGACCAGACAGUGCUCGCUCGCUCGCUCGCUCGCUCUCUUUCUCUUUCUGUCGCAAACAUCCACGGACGCCUGCAUUCCUCAGCAUAUUCAUAUAUAUUCCUCUAUAUACAUAUAAAUAUUUAAUUAUAUAAAUAUAUAUUCACCUUCUGUAGCAGGAAAUAGCGUCACAUCUUCACCCUCAUAGGCAUGAUUAUUCACUCAGUCACCGCAGAGAAAAGUGUGUCAUUCGACUGUCAAAGAAGCAGUUCAACAUUUUGCUCCCUGCUCAGGCGCUUGUGUGUGAACAUAAGACAGGAGUUAGUUAGUUAGCUUAACACAGCAAUUAAGAAAAGCAAAAGCAGACAUUUUCAUUAGCCUUUAAAAAAAGAGAGGGAGGGAGAGAGAGAGAGAGAGAGAGCUGCUUUUCAGCUGAAUCUUUCAUAAACCCGUGUGUUAUUAGGGCUGCCAGAGAGUCGAACUCACACAUUUGACUCUAAACUCAACCUUCGCUGAGCUGAAGUUAAAUAAACUUCCUGUGAUUUGCACUAAAAUAUACAGGUUCGAGUUCUAUUUAGUGAUAUUUUACCAUGUACAUGUGAUCUUAACUCAACUAGUAUUCCCCUCAUUGUUGUUCAUAUAGGAAAUUAAUUUCACAAACAGAAAUGUUAGAAUAUUUUUUUUAUCAACCAGGAUCAAAAAAUCACCAAAAUUCUCCUUUCUUACUUACAUUCCACAGGGUAAAAACCGAUUAAAUUGAUUUCUCAUCUGUGUGUGACACACACACACACACACACACACACACCUCAUACCAAAAGCUGGCAGCCCUGAUAACAUGAGUGACCAAGCUCAGUUCCCAGCAGUGAAUGGCAUUUAAACGCUGAGCUGUCAGAGCUCGGAGCUCGCCACCUCGGUUUGAGACAACACAGCGGUUCAGAUCACUGUGUCGAGAGUUGUCGGGACAAACCUCCCACUGAAGACGGUUAAACCUGCUCAGAGCAGCGGAGGCUAGCAGCUAGCUUUACCCCAUGAAGCGCUAAUAAAGUCUGACCUGCUAACAGGACGUUCAAUUAGAAGCAAAUGAGAAACAAAGUUCUUUGAUAAUCUCUCAGAAAGAGUUCGCUGGCAGCAGUGUGAGGAGGAGGAGGAGGAGGAGGAGGAGGAGUUAGCGGCUUUCAUCUGCGAGGGUCACAAAAUGAAGAGUUUACAGACGGUGAACUGCCUCGUUGCGUUUCUUUAAUUCAACAAGGUGAAGCUAAUCAGCUCACAGAAAGCCAGGAAAAUAAUAUCCAGACAGAUUUCCUAAAAUGUUGAACUGUUGCUUCAAACACACCGUUUAGUAACAAACCAUAACGCCCUGAACAUCGUCCUUCUGGCAGGUGUGGCAGACGUGUGUGUGUGUGUGUGUGCAUAUACACACACGUGCCCACCUUUUUCUCCCGCUAUGUGUGUUUCGACAGAACGCGUGAAAUGUUUGAGGCAUCAUCUCUGCAGGCGUUGGGAUGAAUGUCCCGUACCGAUGGUAGCAUUAGCAGUAUGUUCGGGAAUCAGGAUUAGUGCAGAAGCUCCAGUGUGUGAAUCCACACGCAGAACGCCGAUGCCGGCUCGCCAAAGAAUCGAACUGAAUCCACCACACUGCUUCCUGUGCUUCUUUUUGUGUGCAAUCAUGUGAACGUUAUUUACAGGAAGACUGAUCAGAACCACAGGUAAUUCCCACUGUCAGCGACCAAAUUCUCUAUCGGCAGGUGUUGGAUGCAUUUACCUUUUCAACGUGUUAUUUUCUUUGAACUUUCCAAUUAAAUGCUCUUUGAUGUAUCAAAUCAGCAGAUUAUUUUCCCGUUGGCUCGAGCAUUGUGAACUUCCAUUCAUACCAGCACAGCCUUAUAUUUCAGUCUAAUUGCCUUUUCGUUCUUUUUUUUUUUUUUUUUUUUUUCCCUGCAGAUGAGUGACUCCCCCUCAUUUACCACUCCAUAGAUUCAAUCAGUGAUUGUACUGGAAGCAAUCUGGCACAGAUAAGGAUUAUAACAUAGCUAUGCAAUUUUUUAAUGUUAAUUGCGUCGACACUUUAGAAGAAAUUUUAUGACUAAGGAAAUAUUUUUACCUGUACAGAUGCAAGUGUCCUUAUAGUAACCCUUUAAUCAAGUCUAUGCUGUUGGUACUGUGUGUGUGUGUGUGUGUGUGUGUGUGUGUGUGUGUGUCUCCUUGCUGUGUCGCUAUUGAUCGUGGCACUCAUUUGUUUUGUUUCAUUUUUUUUAGUGUUUAUUUGAUGGUUAAAGAAGGGAUCAAACGAGUUUCCUAAGAACAACAGCUUUUAUUGUUUGUUAUAUCUAAAAAGGACUGAAAUUUUAUAGUUUAUUCUGAUAGUUUAAUAUAAAUACUGCAGCAUGAUUUGUAAUGAGACCUCUGAUAGUUGAGCUUCUGACCACAGCCUUUUCUUUGAAUGUUUUCUCUCUGUCAAUAGGAUUGGGCCCCUUCAGGUACACUACAGAGUAGAUAUUGGAAAGUAAGUCCUAGUUUGAUCGAAGCUGAAACUGUGUCUGGAAGUCGGUUCAAUUCCAUUUUGAGCACAAAAAAAAAAAUUUAAAAAAAUAGAGUUUUACUAAAAGUGUCCACAUGACAACAGCUCAAAGCUCAAAAGGCACAAAAAAAAAAAGACUGCAAAGAAAAUUCAGUACUGCAAAGUGGAGACACAAUGCAGCUACAAAAGGGUAUUUAUCAAAAAAGAGACCAAGUACUCAAUGUGAGAAAAAAAAGUUAAGGUAAAAAAAAAAAAAAAAAAAAAAAUGUAAAAACUGAGA